CAAAACCGUCCAAAUCCUUCAGUCACAAUGGCUUUCAUCAAUGUAAAAGACUGUUUAACUGAUCCUAGACAACUAAUCAAACUGAUUCUUCUGGUAGUGUGUGUCUCUAUAACCAUCUACCAACUUUCAGAGUGCGUCAACAAAAUUAUAAGCCCACCAAUCACUUCGCAUUAUAGGUUUCGCUACAACCAGAGCAUCAAAUAUCCGGCAAUCACUGUGUGUAGACGCCCUUCGUUCAAAACUUUCCUAUUUCCGCAAUACGGUAUUCGGGCCAGUACUUUAGACUUGGCAGCAAAUAAUCUCUUCGAACAUUUCCCCUUCAACACCACAACCCUUGAGCACUUCCUCAAUGCCACGACUUACGAUUUCAAAGAAGUGGUGCCACUUUAUGGCUACAAUGAGACCGGCAUGGGCGAAAAUCUCUGGUUUCGUAAAAUUUUCUUCACCAAACGUGGCCUUUGCCACACCAUGAUCCCGAAGGAAAUGUCCCAGAAUUUCGCAAUCGGGGGCGGUUUUUGGCUGUAUCUUAAACACACAGCCAAGGACAAAACCAAAGACACGAACGGUUUAUCCACCACUGGUUUUGAAAUCCAUAUACACGACGAGUUUGAAGUUAUAAAGGAGGAAGAUGGUUCUAAUACUGGUUUUGUCUAUGUUGAAACUGGUGAAGAUUUGCACGUGACUUUGACUGUGCAAAGUUACAGUCAAGUGUCCACCAAGCAACAACCAUGCGUCAAAGACCCCACUUAUGGAAAAUCAAGGUGCGAGCAGAAAUGUGUGCACAAUUUUGCGGCCAGGAAAGUAGGCUGUAGAGUCCCCUGGUUGCGUGAUUUGGAUCAAGAUUAUCCACUUUGUUCCGAUUAUGUUUCAAUCAAUGAAAUUACCAACGCAAUGACUGAAGAGUUCAGUUCUAGAGCUUUGUCGGAGUGUAACUGUCAAGGUCGUUGCAAUAACACUCUGUACAAGUACCAGAUCGUCCACAGACGCGACGUUGACGUGAUUCAAGGCUCUUCAAGCACUAUUGCCAUUUAUUUCGAUUCGAAUUUAGUGACUGAAUUGAUCGAUGUUAUCAGCUACGACUGGAAUAUUUUUUUGGCCGAUAUUGGGGGCUCUCUUGGGUUUCUUUUAGGGCUUUCAGUGAUUGGUUUCGUCAAUGUGAUUGAAGAAAUUGUCAAAUUGAUUUUCAGAAUGCGGGAAAAAACCGAAGAUUUUCCCGAAUUGGAGCUGGAGGGUAAAGGGGAAGGGAAAGAGGGCGAGAGUUUGAAAAGUGUGAUGGAAUUUGUGGCCAAUUGUGACAUGUAUGAGGAGAAACACGGCGAGAAAAUUACCAAAUAUUGAGUGUGUUGUUUCACUUUGCCACUUUGUGUUGUAGCUAUGAAUAAAAUAUUUUUGGAAAAAAUUGUCAGACCUAAAAUAUUGUUAAAUCAAAUUUUUUGAAAUUCGCUGCAGCAAAG